AGCAGCAUCACAGACUGCUCUAUGAGCCUGCGGAGAUGGGCAACUGCAUGUGCAUCCGGGACCUCUGCGACCGGCCGAAGAAUACUAACGUCAGGUGGAGGUUACCUGCUGUGUGCUUCAUCUGGCAGCUGUCUAUGAUCAUUCUUUUUGGGGUAUUUGUGCGGUAUAAUGAGGAGGCAGAUACUCACUGGGUUCACUACAAAAAUAAGAACAAUAUAACGAGCGAUAUCGAGAAUGACUUCUACUUCAGAUAUCCAAGUUUUCAGGAUGUUCAUGUAAUGAUCUUCGUGGGCUUUGGCUUCCUCAUGACCUUCUUGAAGCGCUACAGCUUUGGUGCCGUGGGAUUUAACUUCCUGAUUGCGGCUUUCGGCAUCCAGUGGGCUCUUCUGAUGCAAGGCUGGUUCAAUUCUCUGGACUACUCCGACGGAAAGAUCAAGAUCGGUAUAGAAAACUUGAUCAAUGCAGAUUUCUGUGUGGCGGGGUGUCUGAUCGCCUACGGAGCCGUUCUGGGGAAGGUCAGUCCUGUUCAGCUGCUGGUGAUGACGCUGUUUGGUAUCACGCUGUACGCAGUCGAGGAGUACAUCAUCCUGAACAUCCUCCAUGCCAAAGAUGCCGGCGGAUCCAUGGUGAUCCACACUUUUGGAGCUUAUUAUGGUCUGUCCAUUUCAUGGGUUUUGUAUCGGCCUAAUUUGAAUAAGAGCAAACAUUUAAACGGCUCUGUCUACCACUCGGAUGUGUUCGCCAUGAUUGGCACCCUCUUCCUGUGGAUGUUCUGGCCAAGUUUCAACUCUGCCAUUGCUGAUCAUGGAGACGGUCAGCACAGAGCUGCCAUCAACACUUACCUCUCCUUGGCCUCCAGCGUCCUCACUACAGUCGCCAUCUCCAGCCUGUUUGAGAAAACAGGGAAACUAGACAUGGUUCACAUCCAGAAUUCCACGCUGGCUGGUGGAGUUGCUGUAGGAACAGCAGCUGAAUUUAUGCUGUCGCCAUACGGUGCUUUGAUCGUGGGCUUCAUCUGUGGCAUCAUAUCCACAAUGGGCUAUAUUCAUCUCACGCCGUUUUUGGAGGAGAAACUGAAGAUUCAGGACACUUGUGGCAUCCAUAACCUGCACGCUAUGCCAGGUGUCAUUGGAGGAAUUGUGGGUGCCGUCACCGCCGCUGCUGCCACCACCACUGUUUAUGGAGACCUAGGGUUGGCAAAUACCUUUGACUUUACGGGGUCUUUCGCCAAACGUGCACCCAAUAUCCAGGGCGCAUAUCAAGCUGCAGGACUGUGUGUGGCCCUGUGUUUUGGAAUUGGAGGUGGCAUAUUUGUUGGCCUGGUUCUGAAGCUGCCCAUCUGGGGCGAUCCUGCAGACGAAAACUGCUUCGAUGACGUGAUCUACUGGGAGGUUCCUGAAGAUGAAGAGAGUGUUCCUCCCGUCCUGGUCUACAACAACCACAUGAUCCCCAACAAAAACUCAGACAGGAGAGAGACACACUUUGUGGAGCAGAGUUAACUCACGGAGUCCGAUCUGCUUUCCUGCUGCUCUCACUCAACGUUUUGCUUUCCAUGAAGCACAUAUCCACAAUAUUUUAAUUAUACAGAGAAUACAUUUAUUUCACACAGGUUGAGAUCCGAAAAUCUUGAAUAUCUCACUUCAUGUUUUUGCGUAUAGGAAUUAUUUGGUCAGAAUUCAGGUCAUUUAGAAUUAUAAAAUGGAAAAAAUGCAUUUAUCUUUCUUCUUCUUUUUUUUUUUUUUUUUUUAAGUGACUUUCUCUGUGAAUGUGUUCAUAAAAAAGUGACCAAAAAAAACCUCUGAACCUUUUUAAUGAAACCAAUUUCACAUGUGUUAAUUUAAACAUUUGUUAU